AUGGUGAGCCUCAGUGCCGCGAGCCAGGCCAUGAUCAAGAAGGCUGCGCUGCGUCGUGCCAUGAAGGCCGCCGAGCUGCGUGAGAAGCGCAAUAUCGCAGGCAGUGAAUCGUCGUCUCGGUCUCGGUCUCUGUCAAUGAAGUGGGCGACGGGCGGGAUCAACGGCUCGGCCGACUACAAGGAGGGCGGCGUUGACAUGUCGCCCAAGUGGGCCUUCUCGGGGCCCGUGCCGCCGUUCCCCACGGGGCCUUUCUCGAUGCCGAAGGGGUCCACCAGGCCGCCCGAGUCCCCGCCCAUGCCGACGGCGCCUAGCGCUCCAACAGCGACGAAACAGUUCUGCGGACCGUGCACUAAGAAGCGUGGUGCCGAGGAGACUUGUUUCCGAGUAACUGUUCAUACUUCAUGGGUUGGGUGUCCUGUGGAAGUAUCCGAGGAGAUCCGCGACUGCAGCACCAGGUUUCUGCCAGCCCUCCCUUUUCCAAUGGGAUUCCCGGCACACGUAGAAGAGCGAGACUGUUGA